ACCUGCGCACCCGCCCGGCCGGGGCCGGCAGGAGGAGGCGGGUCGGGGCCGGGCGGGUUCUCUGUGUUGGCAGCGGCGGCAGCAGCAGCAGCUCGUUGUGCUUCGUGACAUCACUCCUGGAGCUCCCAUCCCACUCGGAGCUCCUUUCCUCACUCGUUCCAGCGGUCUGUCUGCUCCGGAGGAGCUCGGAGCCUCCCCGGGCGAGGCGAGCUCGGGAGCUGCUGGAGGAAGAUUCGGAGGGAGGAGGGAAGGGUCGGUGCGAGGGGGAUAGUGAGGAACGGAACACACCAGAGCAGCUCCAGGAUGAGAUUCCUCUCUGCUUACUACUUGCUGCCUCUCUUUCCUGCACUGGUCUUCAGCGCUAGACAGGGCUACGAAGAACUGGAAAGGCAGCUGAAAGAAGUCUUUAAGGAGAGGAGUAAUAUUCUUCGUCAACUGUCGAAGACUUCUAAAGAACUUGAGGGAAUUAAAGUAAACCUCCAGUCUUUGAAAAAUGAUGAAGCAUCAGCCAAAAGUGAUGUGCAGAAACUUCUGGAAAUGGGACAAAAGCAAAGGGAAGAAAUGAAAUCUCUCCAGGAGGCCUUUCAAAAGCAGCUUAAUGAGGCAGCUGAGAAAGCAGAAAAACAGCAGGCGACUAUUAACUUCUUGAAGACCGAAAUGGAAAGGAAGAGCAAAAUGAUCCGUGACCUCCAAAAUGAGAACAAAAGCCUCAAAAACAAGCUCUUGUCAGGAAAUAAGCUUUGUGGUAUUCAUGCAGAAGAGUCAAAAAAGAUCCAAGCGCAGCUGAAAGAGCUUCGUUAUGGAAAAAAGGAUUUGAUUUUUAAGGCACAACAGUUAACAGAUCUGGAGCAAAAACUAGCUGUUGCAAAAGAUGAAUUGGAAAAGGCAGCUCUUGACAAAGAGUCACAGCUGAAAGCUCUGAAGGAGACCGUGCAGCUUUGCCUCUCUGCCGUUCUGCACAGUCAGCCGCCCGCUACGAACCUAAUCCCUUCAAAACCAGCGGAGAAGCUGACAUCCCCGCUUACAAAGGGCUCUAAAGUUCCAUUUCAAGUGACAGGCGCCAAGAGAAAUGCUUCAGCAGAGAAAGAGAAUCUUCAUGUGGCCUCAAGAAAGGAAGAAAAUCAGAGCAUCCAGGAGUGCGAUUCUCAAGAUGUUGGCAAGACGUGUUUGGGAAAUCGCAAUAAUUCAACAUUGCGUUUGAAGACAGCAGAGACAGAGACAAGUUUUCAGAAGUUGCACAGCCCUCCGUGGACUAAAUCUGACGACAAAAAAUCACCUGAAAGAAAUGAGAAAAAAUUUGAAGAGUCUUUUAGUACAAAGGAAAAAAAAAUAUAAGCACUACUAAUCUACAUUAAAAAUGCCCGUCUCUUGCUUCCAUCGUCAUAUUUUUUUAGUUCAGGGGCAUGAAUUGUAUCAGGUUUCUAAAGCAUGCAUUUUUCAAUAUUUUAUGAAUGUUUGUAAAUUAGUCUAGAAUAGACCAAUUAGUACCUUUCAGCAAUAAUCCAAAAUGGAUGUUUGGAGAAAUGCAUUGUAAUACAGUCCAGUUUUUGAACUCUGGCUCUACCUGAUUAGUAACUGCAUACUAUGAAUUAGUUUCUUCAUGAACAACAGCCAUUAUCAAGUAUUUUCUCAGUCUGUUCUAUUUCAUGUACCUUUAUGACAGGUUAGGUUCUAAAUGAAAUUAAGAAUUAAGGGGCAGGUAAUGAGGGGGGAAAUAUUUGUGUAAACAUAGUUUAAGUACAACGCAACUCGUAAGAGUAACUGUAAAAACAGAGCAGUAGGGAUCCAUGUAUACUUACCUUUCAGUAAUAACAUUUCAAAUCUGCUUACUCAAACAAUAAAAGAUAUUUGGUUGGUUGUUUCUUUUUUUCUAAA